AUGUCCGACGAUGUGCUUGCGGCCAUGGGCAUCUCUGGCUUCGGCAAGAAGUCGAAACAGAGACAGCUCGACCCUAAACGGUUCGAGAAGAACAGGCGUGAAGACAAAGAACAGCCUAGCUCAUCAACUCUGCCGCCUACGCCUGCGCCCGCACAGGCUCCGCAGCUGCCACAAGAAGAGCCGGAGUUCGACCCAGACGACGUCGGGCCACCGCCACCACCACCGAACGCGGACACGUCAGAAGCAGAGGAGGGCGAGCCCGAGUUUGACGCGUCUGACGAGGAGGACGACCUGCCGCAGUUCCCCAUCACCCACGAGCUCGUGCUAAAGGACCACACGAAGGUCGUCUCUGCUCUCACGCUAGACCCGUCUGGGGCGCGCGUGUUGUCUGGGUCGCACGACUACGACUGCAAGCUAUGGGACUUCGGUGGGAUGGACUGGAGGUGUAAGCCGUUCAAAACUUGGGAGCCUGUGGGUACUUACUACAUCCAUGACCUCAAGUACUCAAAUGACGGACAACAGUUCUUGGUCGUCUCGGGCACGCUGCAGCCGAAAUUGUACGACCGUGAUGGGGAGGAGCUGGCCACCUUCGUUAAGGGUGAUCCGUAUAUCCGCGACAUGAAGAAUACCGCUGGCCAUGUAGCUGAACUCAGCUCGUGCGCCUGGCAUCCUCAUGAUUCUCAAACCUUCAUAACCAGUUCGGUGGACUCGACCAUCAGGAUAUGGGAUGUAGAGAACAAACGCAAACAGAAGACGGUCAUUGUAGUGAAGUCGAAGGAGAGGGGAGCGCGCACGAAGGUGACCGCGUGCGGCUAUUCACCGGAUGGAAGCAUAAUCGGAGGCGCAUGUUUGGACGGAGCGCUGCAUAUGUGGCAGACGAAGUCAAACUUUGUGCGACCAAGUAUGACCAUCGAGGGCGCACACACUAAGGGCACGGAACCCGGGUCCCUACUGUUCUCCGUAGACGGGCGGUCCGUUCUGACCAGAGGCGGUGACGAUACAGUGAAGAUCUGGGAUCUCAGAGCGUUCAAGAAGCCUGUCGCGACGCGGGAGGGUCUCACCACGCUGUACCCGACAACCAACGCAAUAUUUAGCCCGGAUGACAAGUAUGUUGUCACUGGCGCGGGCGCCACGUCGAAGGGAGGGAAAGGACGCCUCAUGUUCAUGCGCAAGGACACCCUUGAGUCAGUCAAGGAGCUGGAGGUGGAUACCACGCCUGUCAAAGUAUUUUGGCAUUCCAAGAUCAACCAGAUCGUGACUGGUUUGGCGAACGGCCAAAUCUGCGUUCUCUACUCACCGCUUACCUCCGUGAACGGUGCAAAACUGCUGCUCAACAAGGGGCCACCCAGGAAAGCGACGAUCGAGGACAUGUCCGAUGCUGUUUCUGCGCCCACUAUCCUGACGCCGCACGCGUUACCCAUGUUCCGCGACGGCGACGGGCUGGUCCGCGGCAGCAAGCGGAAACGGGAGAAGGAGCGCAUGGACCCCCGCAAGAGCAAGAGGCCGGAACUACCAGUCACUGGGCCUGGCCGUGGAGGACGUGUCGGCGCAAGCGCAACCCAGCACGUCGUACAGAACUUGGUGCGGGACACAACAAGAGACGAGGAUGUACGUGUCGCUUUCGGAUUCGAGUUCUGCCCCCUUUUGCGUCAUCUGGGGCGCAUUGCCUUUCAUUUGCCAUGGCCUGGACUGGCCCGAGAAUUUCCUGCCUGCGUACGGUGGCCGGAUGCCUGUCCUGGAUGGGCAAUGACCCCGCACUCUCGCACAGACGCAGCAACGAGGCUCGAGGACGGAAUCUGGUUUCUUCGCCUCCGAACGCGAGGGAACCAUGAUUUGGCUAGACAAGACCGGCGCUUGCCGUACGCGGGGCGCUCAUCUCGCGCGUUGCCAUGGGAGGGAGCUGAGAUCACCCCGGUUCAGGCUCCGCUCUUCCCUUCAUUGUCGUGCCCCCUCACUGCUGCUGUGCAGACGCUGACGAUAAUAUUGCUUGCUUGA